UAUAAUAUAUAUCCCCAAAAUAAUUUCAAAAUCCCUAAAAACAGAUUUCGACCAAAAAUGGCAGACACUGAAUCGACCGACAACCCCGCCGCACUACCACCGUCGGACUCGGAGGGAUCCGCCGCCGUUCCCCACACCGACGGCGACGGCGCCACCAAGGACGCGACGAUGGAGAAGGUGGAGAAGAAACUCGGAGACGUCUCUCUCCGGAUUUGGCCGCCGACGCAGAAAACCCGUGACGCCGUCGUGAACCGCCUGAUCGAGACGCUUUCGACUCCUUCGAUCCUCUCGAAGAGGUACGGUACGCUUCCGCAGGAGGAUGCGCUCGCCGUCGCGAAAUCGAUCGAGGAGGAGGCGUACGGCGUCGCCUCCGCGGCCGUGUCCGGGGAUGACGACGGGAUCGAGAUCCUUCAGGCUUAUUCCAAGGAGAUUAGCAAGCGCAUGCUGGAUUCGGUGAAGGCUCGGGCUCCGGCGGCGGCGACGGGUAAUGGAAACGCCGGAUCGGCGGCGCAGUCCGGCGAAGAUGCUGGUGCGGUUUCUACUGAGGCCGCCAAAGAAGAUGCGCCUACUGAGUCGGAGAAGACCGAGGCUUGAGUUCGGUGUGUUGUAUACCCUUUAUCUCUCUCUUUCUGUAGGGUUUGCUUUUGCUAGAUUCACAUGGGUGUCUCAGAGUUUAUGAUGAGAUCUGUUCUUGUAAUGACUGGUGGAUUUCUCUUGCGUAUUUAUGGAGGCUUUUCCUAAUAUGCAUUUCUUCAGUGCUCUCUGCUUGGUAUUGGCAUUGCUGUUAACAUGCUCUAAUGGUUGAUGA